AUGGCGCAAUCAACGGCCCAUCGUCGGCUGCUCCAAGAGUAUCGCGCCUUGACCAACAACCCCCCGGAUGGCAUCACUGCAGGCCCCGUCUCCGAAGACGACCUCCUCCACUGGCAGGCUUGGAUACAAGGACCCGAGGGCACUCCGUUCGAAGGCGGCAUCUUCCCCGCCGAGCUCCGUUUCCCCAAGGAUUACCCCCUUGCUCCGCCCACGAUGAAGUUCCUCGACGAGGUGUGGCACCCCAAUGUGUACCCGAGCGGCUUGGUCUGCAUCUCUAUCCUGCACCCUCCCGGCGAUGACCCCAACCAUUACGAGCACGCAUCCGAGCGGUGGUCUCCCAUACAGAGCGUGGAAAAGAUCCUCAUAUCCGUCAUGAGCAUGCUAGCGGAGCCCAAUGACGAGAGCCCCGCAAAUGUAGAGGCGGCGAAGAUGUGGCGCGAGCGGAGGGAAGAGUAUGAGCAGAAGGUCCGCGACGGCGUAAGGAGGAUGCUUGGUCUCUGA